GACCGAAGCUGUAUAAAAUCAGGUCGAGAAAGAAGAAAAGAAAAGUCAUGUCGUCGCCUUUCACACCCGAGCACGUUGCGGAAUGGAUCUCAUUUGGUCCCAAAUUGAAGGGAAAGCCAACGCCGGAGCAACAAGUAGCAGCGCAGGAACGAAAGAAAAAAUGCACGGAAAUGAAAGUUCGUUUGGCAAAGGAAUUGAACGACCCUGCUUGGACCGAGAAAAAGAUCGAAAAGGAGCUCGAUCGCCUGGUCGCGGMAGGUGAAUCGGCGGCCAACGAAAUACCUCGCCCGGCCUAUCUGGACCCUCCCAGCGGAACCCGCGACUUCUAUCCAGCCGAGAUGAGGGUGCAAAACUGGUUGUACGGAAAGUUCCGAGAAUCUGCUCGUCUUUUCGGCUUCCAAGAAUACGACGCCCCGGUCCUGGAGCACGUUCAACUUUACGAACGCAAGGCCGGCGAAGAGAUUGUUGAUCAAAUGUACAACUUUGUCGACAAGGAGGGCGACCACGUGACUCUCCGUCCCGAGAUGACCCCUACYUUGGCCCGCAUGGUAUUGAACAAGACGAACUUGCAAACGGGCGAGGUGCGAGUCCCACUUCCCCUCAAAUGGUUUUCCAUCCCACAGUGCUGGCGCUUCGARACCACUCAGAGAGGACGCAAACGAGAGCACUACCAAUGGAACAUGGAUAUCGUUGGCGUCGAUCACGUCCACGCUGAAUUGGAAUUGUUGGCCGCGGCUGCUUACUUCUUCAAAAGCUUGGGRAUUGGAUCGGAUCUGGUUGGAAUCAAGGUCAACUCGCGAGCGGUUUUAGAGGCUGUCUUGGCCAAGCACGGAGUCAAAAAGGGACAGAAAAACCCGACCGAUGGUGGAGACCUAUUUGCUAGCGCUUGUGUCAUUAUUGAUAAACUCGACAAGAUUGGAGGGUGUGCGGUGACCGAGCAACUKGCCACCAUCGGAGUUAGCAGUGAGUCUUCGGCAGAAAUCCUSAAGGCAUUGGAAGCACCAACCAUCGAAGAAYUAGCCGCCCAAAUCGGUGAUGACUGUGAAGCCAUCCACGAGGUCAAGCGUCUCUUCGAACUUGCYGAUGAGUACGGAAUCGGAGAUUAUCUCGUCUUUGAUGCUAGCGUUGUUCGAGGUCUUGCGUACUACACCGGAGUUGUCUGGGAAGCAUUUGAUCGAAGUGGGGAACUUCGAGCAAUCAUGGGAGGUGGACGCUACGACCGACUGCUAGAAUUGUACGGAGGAGARAAGUGUCAGAUUCCAUGUGUUGGCUUCGGCUUUGGCGAUUGUGUCAUCAUGGAGCUUUUGAAGGACCAUAAUAAACUGCCAAACUUCGUCGGAUCCGGAGUCGACUAUGUCGUCUGUUCCUUCAGCCCCGAUUUGUACGGACAAGCUGCUAAUAUUUCCUUGAAACUGCGCAUGACAGGUGCCAGCGUCGACUUGAUGCCAACACCCAAAAAGAAGGUUGCUGCGAGUUUCAAACACGCCGAUAAUGCCGGUGCUCGGCGCAUGGUCUUUGUUGCGCCCGAUGAGAUCGCCAAAGGAGUUGUCCGAAUUAAGGAUCUACGAACCAAGGACAAGAAUGGAAAUGCCAUUCAAGUGGAUUGCCCUCUAGAUGCACUAGAUACGGUCGAUGAUUUGGUUGCGAAAGCUGUCGAGGCCGCAUAAGCUCUGCGGAAAAUUUAAGUUGUGAUAAAAUGUGGAUCAAAUAAGCUUUCCUAAACACA